AUGGUGGCCACAAACCUCUGUGUCGGCGUGAUAGGCAUGUACCACUCGGGCAUCGGAGGCGGAGGUUUCGCCCUCGUCCGUGAUUCAAAUGGCAAGUACGAGACGAUAGACUACCGAGAAUCCGCGCCAGCCGCCGCCUAUGAGGAUAUGUACCAGGGGAAUCUCGAGGGCGCCAUCUGGGGCGGGUUAUCCGUGGCCGUCCCUGGCGAGCUGAAAGGCCUUGAAUAUCUGCAUAACAAAUACGGCUCAUUACCAUGGUCUUAUCUCGUGCUCCCUGCAGAGUAUCUGGCACGAUAUGGAUUCAAUGUGACCGAGGAUUUGGUACGAUACAUGGACAACGCCAUCACCGGUCCGAGGGGUAACUACUUGGUCGAGGAUCCCAUCUGGGCCGAAGACUUCGCACCAAACGGCCAUCUUCUCCAGCUUGGAGACGUAGUAACAAGGAAGAGAUAUGCAGAUACAUUGGGGAAGAUCGGCAGGCAUGGAGUCAGCGCCUUCUACGAGGGCGAACUAGCGGAGGAAAUGGUCAAGGUGACCCAAGAAACCAACGGGACACUCACUCUGGACGACCUGAAGUCGUACAAGGCCCUGCCAAAGCGGCCCAUCAGCAUCGACUUCCGCGGCUUCAAGCUCUACUCGACCGGGCGCCCCCAGCUCCGGCGCCAGGCCAUGCGCUUCGCCUACGGCGCGCGCCUCGAGCUAGGCGACCCGGAUUACCUCCCCGGCGUCGAGGCCUUCGAGGACGCGCUGCUGAGCGCGCAGAACGCGCGGGCCAUCCGCGCCCGCAUCAACGACAGCAGCACGCUGCCCUUGGAAGAGUACGACCCGCGCGGCGAGUACGCGGCCGAGAGCCACGGGACGUCACACAUCGUGGCGGCGGACGGGUCCGGGCUGACCAUCUCGUCGACGACGACGGUGAACCUGCUCUUUGGGGCGCAGAUCAUGACGCCCCGCAGCGGCAUCAUCCUCAACGACGAGAUGGCCGACUUCAGCACCCCGGGGGCCCGCAACGUCUUCGGGUUCGCGCCGUCGCCGGCAAACUUCAUCCGCCCGGGCAAGCGGUGCAUGAGCUCCAUCACGCCCAUCAUCGCCGAGUUCCCCAACGGGACCGUCUUCUUCGUCACGGGCGCCGCGGGCGGGAGCAGGAUCAUCUCGUCGACCACGCUGACGGCGUGGCACCUGCUCGAGCACGGCAUGGACAUGCGGGAGGCGGUGGCCGAGCCGAGGUUCCACGACCAGCUUAUCCCGAAUCAGGCUGAGUUUGAGUGGACUUAUGAUAACGGCACCGUGGGCGCCAUGGUCGAGAAGGGGCAUAAGAGGAAGUGGGUGCGGCUCGGGGUUAGUGCCGUGCAGGGGAUCCAGAGGCUGUGGGAUGGGACGUUCCUGGGUGUGGGAGAGCCAAGACAGAAGAAUAGCGGUGGUCUAUCUGUCUAA